UCUGUGGUAGUGAUUUUUCGCUUUCCGAACUAAUGAACAGGAUUUUACAAUAUUUUUAAGUAUGCAAAACUUUGUAAACGUUAAGUGGUUCGUAAAUGGAUAGUUAAUAAGUGAAUCAUAUGUAAUUAUGAUUGAAAAUAAUACAUAAUACACUUUUAUGUUUGGGAUAAACUUUUUGUUUUGAAUGACGUGUAAUGAUUUCAACGGUGGAUAGUAAAAAGACUACACAGGGCACGUCAUUAAAAACAAACCGGGCUACUAGCGAUGAACCAGAGGAGAAAAUCAAUACGCAAGUGCCCAAACAAAGCAACAGCAGAGACAUAACAUUCAACAUGCUGCUAAUAGAAACUGUGUUUUGCAUUGUUUUGGCCGUAACAACUUAUGGAGCUCUGCAUAGUUUCCCUUCUAAAGUAUCCAAAGUUCCUCAAGCAGUAAGAUUUUUUGAUAGAAACUCUGUAGUCAAAGACUGGUAUAAGGGUGAGCUGAGUGCAGCGCUGUCUGUCAUCAAUUCUCAAGAUGUGUCUUUUGUCAUGUACUAUGCCCCGUGGGAUGCUGAAUCCCAGUAUGUUAGAGGAGAGUUUGAGAAGGCUGCCAAUGUACUGAAUGAUAGAGUACAUUUUUCUGCAAUAAAUUGUUGGAACCCAGGGAGUGAAUGUCGAUUACAGCAUAGUAAAGUGCCGUCAUGGCCUAUACUAAUAGUGUAUAGUGUUACCUCUAGAGGAAUUUUGUAUAAAGGUCCUAGGGAUUCAGAGAGUAUGAUAAGGUUUUUGGAGUUAAUCAUGAAACCGAUGGAAAGAGUCUCAAGCACAGAAGAUAUUGUUCAUUUAUUGUCUAUUUGUGAUGCAGUGGCCAUUGGUUUUACACCACUGACGGAGACAUCAAAGUAUUACAAUGUAUGGUUCAGUGUGGCUCUGAAGUCAAAGGAGUAUGACACAGUUGGGGAGUUAUGUUUUGCCACUGUUACAUCUUCGGAGCUAGCACAUAGUUUAGGUGUAGAUACAAUGCCGAGAGCAAGACUGUUACUCUGGAAUGAGACUAAGGAAUAUAAAAUAAGUGAAAAUCAAGAAUGGAAUGAUACUGCACUUAUUACUUGGGUGCUUGAAAAUUUCUCUCAACCAGUUGUGAGAAUCAUACCAAUGUGGAAGAAAUCUUUCAGCUUCGGAAGAUAUGCAGAUGGGAAUCCAAUACUUAUAUUGUUCACGCCAAUGAAUCCACUGUAUGAAGAAAUUCCUGUAUAUGCAUUGUUAAGAGAAGUCGCCAUGGAGUAUUAUAACUGUAAGAGCAACGUCACUUUCCAAUGGACAGCGGAAUUAGGGAAGCUACAACAAAUACAACGACUGAUUUACCAGCAAAAGAACUUGUUUAAACCGUGCCAAGCUAGUUACGACAAACCAGCGAAAGUCACACAAACCAGUAAAAAACAAUUCAUAACAGAAUAUAAUAAGAACCCGUGGUAUAAUGUUACACAGAACAAUAUGAAAAAUGAAAUGUUCGACUACAUUUUUAAACAUGGCCUGGCUAUAUCCAAAUUGAUUGAGAAUUCCAACGAGAAAUCCGCUUUCUGGAAUACGAUGGGAUUUCUAGAUCAGUGCGGGUACGAAAAAUCCUUGCCAGCUGAGAAAAGUUACUAUGAUAGGUAUGAGAAAUGUCAGACAUUGGAAGAACAUCUACAGCGUGAUUUUGAUUUCAAUGUGGAUGAUAAAGAUGAUGAGAUAGAAACAACAAUGCUGCCUUUAGAAGACGACCCUCUAUCCGCUGAGAAUCUGGUUCGGGGCCAUAUCAGGCAUUAUUGUAAGCUAAUGCAUUACGCGUACAAGCUCACACCUACAGUUUACCCUGCCAAAGUGAAAAGCGGCAAUAUAACGCAUUUAGAUGGACUGUCCUGCGCGACAAAUAGUUCAUUGUAUUUCAUUGCAUUGGAUAGCGUGAGGAACUAUCAUUUCGCCGAAGCCCUCGGUGUUGAUAUUAAAAAUAAGAAGGAUAUGACGGCUGUGAUUAUAUUAGAUAGCAAGCAAGAGAGUCAAUAUGUUCUCUCAAAGGAAUACAGUGCUCAGUCUGUAAGGGAAUUUAUUUACAACUUUACUAGAAGUAAUCUAAAAAGGUCUCUUCGCACUCACGUGCAGGACGCUAAACACACGCACUAUUUCGGAUCGAGCGGCAACGCCGAUAUUACAGGGAACUUAACGGUUAUACAGGAUCUGACGACACGCACUUUUAGAAAAUUCAUAAGAACUCCAGGAACGUUGAAGCUGUUAGGCGUGUGCGGCGGCGCAUGCGGCGCGCACGUGACGCGCGCGCUCGUGUCUGCGGCGCGGCUGCUGCGCUCUUGCGGCGUGGCGGCGGCGCCGGCGCGGCUGGACGCGGCGCGACACGACCUGCCCUGGGCCUACACCUCCAGUGUCUAUCCCGUGCUGCACGUGUUCCCCGCUGACGCCGACGAGGCGGAGAGUCGCGUGUACCCGUCCCACGUACGCGUGUCUGCGGGCGGGCUGACGGCACUCGCGCUGCGCUCGCUGCCCGCGCCGCGCCGCCUGCGCGUGCGCCUCGCCUUGUGCGCGCUGCCCGCUGAACAAUUCGAGAAAAAGAAAUGUUUGAGAGACUUGAGACAUCACAUCGCGGCGCUCAUAAGUCGCAAUUUAAAAAGUUGGCGGCGGACGGACGUGCGACAGCUCAAGGACUCAUUAUUCAGAAGACUGGUCCACUUGCACCGAGUCUCUCUGUACAUCAGUGUGCUACACCACGAUGAUCUCAAAAGCAACAAAAGACAGGAACUUCUCGUGCAGGCCCUGAAUACUCUAGCUGACAAUUGGAAUAACGACGCGCAAAAAAUCACAAGAUAAUCGCAUUCCGCGAUGUUGUAAAUACUGUACAUUGCUCAUUUAUAUUAACUUAAAUGUUGUUUAUUUUUAGAUCUUCAAAAAUUUUAAAUGUUGCUGGCAA